CCGGAUGAGGAAGUGCGGGGAGACCAUAGAGACGAAGAGGCGGCGGUGGCAGGAGCGCCCCCGAGCUCUCGGCUCCGCAGGCUCAGGUAGACUUGGCGGCGACGGGGCUGCGGCUGCAGAGGCCGGGCUGGCGGGGCGAGCGCGGGCCGCGGAGCAGGUCUCAGGGGUGAGCCGUUUGAUGUAAAAGACUUGACUCCAUAAUCUGCAUCUGCCCCGAUGCUGUCAUCCGGAGUGGAGACUCAGCCAGCUCCGCUUGGUCCCUCCAUGUCUGCCGCGGUGCAGGAGUUAUACUCGGAACUCCCAGUGAGUGUCUCCAAAGAGCUCCGUGCUGACCCUGAGCCGAGCGUGAUUCCAGAUGUAAAACCCGGAGCCCCGAGCGCUUGUUUAAGUCAGAGUAGGGCAGUGCCCUUGGAGCUGCAGAGGACUCCCGCGGGAAGUUGUUGCGAAGAAACCCCUGAGACCUUGGACCAUGGGGGUGAGCCUGGGCGGUGUGGGCUGGUGGACUCCCCAGCAGAAGGUUCUGUGGCUCCUGGGAUCUUGGAUAGGGAAGAGAAAGCCAAGAGCAUGGAGCUAAAGGUCUUCGGAGAUGGAGGGGACCAGGCGGAGAUUGUGAGCGAGCCCUGUGAGGGAGCAGAGGAAGCCCUGCGUCAACAUUCUGCAGCCGCUGAAGGAAGGCUCAGCCCUCGCCAGGAGGAUCUUCUGAUGCAGGCGAGCAAAGAACUUUUAUGCACGGACCUCGCUGAAGAUUGUCUGAGGAGCAAAGAAGGAAAUGUACAAGUUACAACUGAAACUCUGCUAAAAUCUGCUGAGGAAGCCCAAGGGAUGAAGGUCAGUGGGACUGAGACGGAUGAUUACGAACAACGAGAGGACGGCCACGUGAGCGAAGGGCUCCCACCUGGGCGCAGCAGACACCUGGAAGUAGACAGAGUCAUGACCGGUGACAGAGUUUCAGAACCCAGCACGCUAGCUUCCCUAGAGCCUUUGAACUUUGUGGGCCCUGGAUCAACAGAAGCAACUCCUGAAGAAACAGAAUGUGAAGCAUUAAAAGCCUGUCCUCCUUGGUCGCCGUCAUUACCAGGGAACAGUGCCAUUUCCCAAGUGGAUGGUGGGAAGGAAGAGUUGUGUAAAUUGGACCUUACCUGUGAAGCAGAUGACAAUCAGCAGCGGAUUCUUGGCCACCAUAAUGAGAGACACAGUUCCCCACGUGGCAGCCCUAAAGCCACGAGGAAUGUGGUUGUGGUAGAAGAAAAUUCUGUUUCAGAAGAAGAUUCUGAAGUUUCACAUCUCACAUCAAGUUUGUCUGGUCCAGAAUCCAGAACAGCAUCCUUAGCAAAGUGCGAUUUUGAAGGUGACAGCUUGCUGAAGGGAUCUGUUGAAAAGACAGACAGUUCCUGUUUGGAUGGGGACGAUCAAAGUGUGAACUUGGCUUCCAGAGAAGAAAAUGAACAGCUUUCGAGCCCCAGGAGUGAAAGAGGGGAACCCUUUCCUGUUAGUGCCACGCAGCCAGAAGAGGAUGCUAGUAGUCAUCGUUCUGGGAAAAACCAGACCGCUGACGUCCCCAAAGAAAACACCCGUGCUAACUGCUGCCCUCGAGGCAGUGUCCACACAGACAGCCCUAGUUCUUCAGUGCCCAGUUCUUUAACCGAAGCCAGGGAAUUAAUGUUUGAAAAAAAUGAUUUGAAAAUCACUGUAGACAUUCAAGGUAGCUUGGCAAACCGUGAGGACCAUAGGGUAACUUUUCCUGAUAUGAGCCGUCUGGGUGCGCACUCUUCCUCUGUGAUGCUGACGGAAGGGCCAGAACAGACAGCCACUGUCGGGCCCAGUGUGUCAAGUGAGAAGAGUCACAGUGAAGACUCCUUAGACAGCACCCACAGAAAUCUGGAUGGCAACACCCAGUUAGAUGAAGCAUCACAUAAUGAAUUUCCAACUGAAAGAGAAUCCCUCGUGAGUUUAACGCCAGAGGACCAGUUAAAUUCCAUAAAUGACGUAUCCAAACCCAAGAAAGAUCUUGCUCCGUUACCACCAUCCCCAGAGUUCCAGGACAGACCUGAGUCAGAAGAAGCCACACACAACUCCCAGGAUGGUGGUCCACACAUAGAUGAACAGAGCACUGCCUGGGAGACAAAUGAACUUUCUUGCACCAAUGAACUGGCCGUAAACAAAUUAGGAAGUGAAUGUGUUUUAAAUCAAGUGUCCCUUAAUUCUCAAAACCACGCAAAGUUGCCAACUGACAAAGAGGUGCCUGUAGCAGCGAGUGAGGGGGUUUCCCAACAGAACCAACACCCUCCGUUAGAGGCUGGAGCAGAUGUCCUUGCUGGUACUCAGACCCCUCCCCUGAAGACAGGAACAGAAGACAUCUCUCCACCAGGUGACAAAACCUGUGGUGCCUCUUCAAACAGUCCCACCUUAAACAGCAGACCAGGGAGCCUAGAAAGAAAAGCCGAAAUGGCUGCUCCAGGAGCAGAAGAUGCACAUUCCAGGCUCCCCUCAAACAAGGAAGAAGCAGCAGACUUGCCUCAAGAGGCCUCUGCCAUGGAAUGUCAAAGUGUCCAACUGCAGGACCUCUCGAGCCGCCCUUGUGUGAGAAGGAACGCACCGGAGGAGAGCACGUGUCCCAACCGUGCUGCCUUGGAGCCCAGCAAAACCCUCCUGGGAGCUGAAAACCCUCCAGUAACCAAGUACAAAAAUGCAUUUCAGCACAGCGACUGCUGCCCCCAAGGGAGAGAAGGCUCCGUGGAAAGUAGCGCCCAUAAAGUGAGUGGUACAUCAGAGAGUGAACCUGAUGGGAGAGGAACUAAAGGCAGCCUUCCAGGAGGCGAGGCCAGAAAUGAGACGCCGGCAGGCACAUCAGGUAGUGAAGCUUCACACAAAACCGCUCACACUGCGCUGCACAGCCGACCCAGCGGGGAAGGGCUGGAGAGAGGAGAACAGGAUGUGCCCAAGGAGACCGUCUGUCACAAAGGUGACAUCUCUGAUUGUGCCGUACGGGAGCGAAACCAGCCUACAGAUACUCCAAGCCCUGAGAGAUUGCUGGACCAGUUUCCUUCUGUUCUGUCCUCUGGUGUUAAAAGCAUGAACCAAGCUCCUGAAACUCUUGAGCAGAAGGCCGAUGAGGCCCUCAGCUGCCAGAGUAACCUGGAUAGACCAGACAAAUGCAGAAAUGAAGAUAACUCAGCCAAGGAGAUGCCGGGAGGUGACCAGAGAGAGACAGGCACAGAGCCCAGCAGAGCGGGAAGCCAGGGCCGGGAGGGUCUCCUGAUCAGUGCAGGCAAUAACAGCUCACGGCCUGGUGGACAUCCAAAGGAAGGGACCUUCAGAAGGGUUUCUGGUUGUGAGGAGUCCGCAGACGGCAUGGUAGACUUCGUCCACGCAGGCUGCAGGAAGAAGCCCACAGAAAGCGUUCCAGAUGAAAGGGCACCGAGUACACUUGAUGGUGGUGCAGGUCAGUUUGGGCCAAUGUUACGUGAAGCCCCACGGAGUACGCUGUCCCAGAGAGGGGAGCCCAGCCUUGCAUUCCUGGGAGAGAUGGACCCGAAUUCGGAUUUCCAAGAUGCUGCUUCCCCUGCGGUGGAAUCUCUCGAAAUGAAAAAAUCAUGUGAAGACAAAGUACGGGGAGCAUCAGAAUACUGUGAAAUGGAAGUGUGUCCAGACUCUCGGGCCCGUGAGGUAGAGUUUGCUGCAGAUCAUGAGCCAAAUGUUAGAAGAUUGGGUAGGGAAAGUGUGUCUUUAAAUUACAUUCACCAUGAACAGAAACCUCAAGAAGCAUCUCUGGGAGGAGCACAAGGAAUGAUGGAGCGAUCAAGACAAGAAAUAAAGUCUGAGUUUGACAAGGAAGACCUCUGUGGAAUUUGCUCAGAGGAGCUGGUAUCUUUUGGACACCGAGGUGAGAACUCUGUUCCCCCAGAAAACCUGAAGUCCAUUGAGAUAACGCCUUUGUGCCUGUCGUCCCAAGAAAAAUCAGAAACUGAUAUUAACAGUGGAACAUCUGACCUGAAAAGCCUUUUUAAGCCAAAAGAUGGUGAAGUGCCCUGUGAAGACGUGGAAGUCCUGCCUGAGGUGGAGGAGGGGGCCCCAGGGGGUAAGAAGGCUCCUGGUGCAGGAGACAGCAUGGCCGUUGGCAUGAGGAGCCCGCCUUUAACAGCGGAGACCGAGCCUGCAGCGAGCGGGAAGGACACCGGAGACCAGGGCCGGCCGCGGGGCCCUGUGGCUGCCGGGGAGGAAUCUGAAGAGAUACGUGUCCAACGAGGAGGUCCCAGGGGAGAUCACGAGUGAGACUUCUCAAGUGCACCUCAGCCCCCAGGGG